UGUGCGCCCGACAUCCUCACUUCCUCGGCAGAGCUUGUAGUCAUCCUGGUCUUUAAAAAACAGUCCGGCAUUUUUUUUCCUCCCCUUCUCCAUCUGCAUCGCGAGCAAGCAUGGACAGACUGGUAUUCAGGAGACCCUAUUAUCAUCUGUCCAGCUACAGCCUGAUUUGGGGGAUGGCAGCUGUGGUGCUGUGCACAGCACAAGUGGAAGUGAUAACCCAGGAUGAAAGAGAGCGGCUACACACACCGGCAUCCUUAAGAUGUUCUCUGCAAACGUCCCAGGAAGCCUUGCUUGUGACAUGGCAGAAAAAGAAGGCUGUAAGCCCAGAAAACAUGAUCACUUACAGUGAGAGCCGUGGGGUUGUGGUCCAGCCUGCCUAUAAGGAUAGAGUCAACAUCACUGAGCUGGGACUCCGGAACACAGCAAUCACCUUCUGGAACACGACUCUGGAUGAUGAGGGGUGCUACAUGUGUCUUUUCAACAUCUUCGGUUCUGGAAAGGUCUCAGGAACAGCCUGCCUCACACUCUAUGUACAGCCCAUAGUAUCCCUUCACUACAACUUCUUUGAAGACCACCUAAAUAUCACUUGCUCUGCCACUGCCCGCCCAGCCCCUGUGAUUGCCUGGAAGGUUGCUGGGUCAGGAAUUGACAAUAGUACUGAGAGUGUGUCACAUCCAAAUGGGACUACAUCUGUCACCAGCAUCCUACGGGUCAAGGACCCCAAGAAUCAGGUGGGCCAGGAGGUGAUCUGCCAGGUGUUGCACCUGGGGACUUUGACUGACUACAAGGAAACACUGAAUAAAGGCUUUUGGUUUUCAGUUCCAUUGUUGUUAAGCAUUGUAUCCCUGGUAAUUCUUCUGGUCUUAAUCUCAAUCUUAUUAUACUGGAAACGUCACCGGAAUCAGGACCGAGCAUUCCACAAGCCAGAUGCCCAUUUAAGAGACUGUGAGAUUGUCCAAUAUGAUCACUCAUUAAAUAGCACUUCCUAUGUUACUCUCCCAUGAUGUCUCAAACACUAUCGGCAACAUACAGAGGCCUAGAGGAGUCACAGAGAACCUUGAAAGUUUUUCCCUGGUCUACUUGAAUCUGAUGUGAAAGGAAAGCAGGAGGAAAAGGGGUCAUUCUCCAAGGGACCUAAACGAGCAAAAGAGGCGGGAGCAAAUGUUUUAAGAAUUCCACGACUUGUCACUGCCAUCUAAGCUACUCAGUGUUUGAGUUCCAAGAGGAAGUCAUUUUUACCUCUCAGGUCUGUUGUAGGACUUGAUUUUGUAGCGCAAAUGCAGUGUUGUGCUGUUGAAAGGGGCUUGGACUUUGAAUUUGAAUCAGGAGUGCUGAGCUCACAAGCUGAUUUUGGGGGUCCCAAUGGUGGGAAGCCAAUGUUAGCCUCUUUACCUCAAUGAGCUUCCCCAUCCCCAUCUAAAAUAUAGAAGAAUUGGACUAGAUAAUUUGUCAUGCAGCACUAAAAAUUGGUAUCAUUCUAGGGAGAGAAAAACUCAAAGGGAAAUAAGUAAAGAGGGAAAGAUGGAAAAGAAUGACAAGAAAGAAUACAGAGAGGCCCAAAGAACUUUUCUGUUGGUGUUACGCCUUCUUUUGUUCUUAGGUCUGUGAACGUAUUUCCCUACUGUUUGGUAUUGCCCCUAGCUUCUUCCUGUUUUGCUAAUCGUUGGCCUGGCUUGAUUUCUUGGUUGCCCUGUCAUUCUUCAAGUGCUUCUAGGGAAUUUAGGAUAAUGAGAGAUGAAAGUAAGACAGAAUUUAUUGUGAAAUAACAUUGUCAACCUUAUCUAUUUAACUUAUUUUUAUGGAGCUUAGACAGUAUUGUUAGUAUUAGACAGUUGCUUACAUCUUUAAGAUAGCAUGCUUUCCUUGUCCAUGUGUGUCAUGAUAUGACUCUAUUUUGGGGCAUUCUGAACUCAGCCUAGUAUCAUAAAAAUAUAUAAUGAAAAUAAACAUUUAGGAGAUUUCCUGUGCAGUCAGCUGAUUCAUCUGCUUUGUCUCUCCUGGUUUCUUUAUCUGUAAUUUAACUUUUCACAAAAGGGGAGAAGGCAUCUAUGAACAUCCAGUCCCUGUGUUCUAAAGAUAUUGUUCUAAGUAGUGGAACAAUAUUGAUCUUGAAAUACCCAUCAAGUCCAAACUAGUACUUUUCCAGUAGCUUUUGUUUUGUUCGUCUUUAUCCCGUGAUGUAGGAUUUAAAUUGUAUGCUGUUUUCACUGUUGAAUUGGAUAUUUAUAUAUUUAGUAAACUUUCCAUGUGUUAUUUAAUUCUGUAUUAUUUCUUAUAUUUGUAUUAAAAUGCUGAACAAUUAAAAGUGUCAACUCUAAAUA